AUGGGAGGAACUUGUGGGCAGGACGGAUCCAAUAUCAUGGUCAACACAACACCAAAUCCGGACACUGCCGCUGCACAGCCUGAUCUCCCGAAAUUGGAACAACCGACAAAGCAUGAGAAAGGCUGGAGAAGAGUCGUUCGCAAUUUCACGCCGUCAUGGUUCUCCGUCACCAUGGGCACGGGGAUUGUGUCUAUGCUGUUACACAGUCUGCCCUACAAUGGUGCAUGGCUGUAUUGGAUCUCCAUCGUGAUAUUUGUGCUUAAUGUGCUCCUCUUCAUUGCUGGCUGUUUCAUUACCAUCCUCCGUCAUAUCUUAUAUCCGGAGGUAUUCUUAGCGAUGAUAAAACACCCAGUCCAAUCAAUGUUCAUGGGCACAUUUCCCAUGGGGCUUGCAACAAUCAUCAAUAUGAUAUGUGCAGUGUGCGUGCCAGCAUGGGGUCAGGGGGCUAGCUAUCUCGCACUGGGACUAUGGAUCUUGGAUGCCGUGAUAUCGGUGUCAGUGGCUCUUUUGUUGCCGUUCAUGUUAAUGGCGCAUGGCGAGGAAACACAGCUAUCUUCCAUGACAGCUGUAUGGCUCCUCCCAAUCGUCAGCUGCAACGUUGCCGCCUCUACGGGUGCAGCCGUAGCCGAGAUCCUUCCAAAUCCCGACUACGCUCUGUGGACCGUGAUUACCAGCUAUGUUCUUUGGGGUAUUGGGCUGCCCCUUGGGUUGAUGGUCAUGGUGAUCUACUUGGCGCGACUCGCACUGCAUAAGCUACCACCCAAGGCUGUCAUAGUUAGCGUUUUCCUUCCACUGGGGCCAUUGGGCCAGGGCAGUUUAGGAGCGACCAAACUGGGAGAAUGCGCACGAGAUAUUUUCCCGAGGACCCAAACCCUUGCACAGGGCUCUGAGGCGAGCUUGUACACCACGGGGUUCCUUAUUGGAUUCGCUUUGUGGUCAUUUGGACUUGUCUGGCUUUUCUUUGCGAUUGCAUCGAUCGCAUGUAGCAAAACAUUUCCCUUUAACAUUGGGUGGUGGGGAUUCACUUUCCCACUGGGAGGGUUUGCAACUGCGACGUGUCAGAUUGGAAAGGAACUUCCAUCGGAAUUUUUCAAUAUUCUCGGAACUAUCCUCUCCCUUUCAGUGGUGAUAUUGUGGAUCGUCGUGAGUAUCGGCACUUUGAAAGGGGCAGUUUCAGGCAAACUCUUUUUCGCACCCUGUUUGGCAGAUCUUCGGGAGGACAAGGAUAAUGGCAAGACAGCGUGA